UCUGUCCAGCAGGGGCGCUGUGGGGAGCCGGUCCGCCUUCCGGGGGCUUAGAAGGAGAGCAGCUCCAGUUUGAUUGGAGGAAGUAGUUCAUCAACAAGAAAAGAUGGCUGAAGUGAUAGAGCUGCAGAAACUAAAGCUCGCUGAGCUGAGGCAGGAGUGUGAGGCCCGAGGUUUGGAGACCAAGGGAAACAAAGCAGAUCUGAUCGCCCGCCUCCAAGCCUACCUGGAGGAGCAUGAAGAAGAUGUGGACGUAGACGACGUGCUGGCUGAGGAUUCAGUGGACUUUGGGAAAGUGGAGAGCUCAGACACCAUAAAAGUGGACAAUGGUUCAGAAAUGAUUGAAAGUGAGCCGCCCGCUGAGAAGAAGGUGGUGAAAAUAAACCCGCCCUUGUCUGCCAGUGAAAGACUACAGAAAAGAGCCGAGCGUUUCAACCUGCCGGCCACCGCUGAGAGCAAGAAAGCCAUACGUGCAGCAAGGUUUGGCAUGCCCUCCGAUUCUUCAAGCCCCUCCCCAGGCGUCGUUGCAAACAGCAAGGCUGCCGUCAACGUUGACGCUCUGAAGAAGCGAGCAGAACGAUUCGGCAUGAACGUUUCAUCGGUUUCACAAAAGAUUGUGGAGGAUGAAAAGCUGAAAAAGAGAAAGGAGAGGUUUGGGAUCUUAACGAGCGCUCCGUCAGCAGGAGGGGAAGACGCCGAGGCAAAGAAAAUGAAGCGCGCAGAAAGAUUCGGAAAAGUUUAAAAAGAUGUCUGACUUUGUUUUUGUAGGUUUUUUUUGUUUUUCUAAGGCUGGACAGCUGGUUUUUGGGGGUGAAAUCUCAGUGACUCAAUCUGUGUCAAUCAAAAGUACAUUUAAAUACAAUAUCAUAUGUGAGGGUUAGAUUCUAGAAAUCACUGUUGUCCUUUAACCCAAAGUUUAAACUUAGCUCAAAGCUGCUUAUGUAUCUGUCUUUACUUCUUAGGAAGUGUUGAGGAACAAACUAAUUCCUGUUUUCCUCCAAAUUAGCUCAAAUAAUGAUGCAGCAGCAGACAUUUUACUCCCUGCAGCUGCUUCAUGGUAAAAGCUGUCCCCUGUGAAUCAUUAGUAAAUAAUCCUGCUGCAUAGAAACAGCGAUAAUGAUAAAAACAUCCAGCUUUUAUUGUGGCGUAGCGGCAGAAAGCUUCAGAAUAGGACGAACCCGGCUCUGUUAAAGUGGGAUGAGGGUGUCAUUUUGGGGGCGACACCAAUGUAGCUGAGUGACAGCUGAAAUCAAAACGGUCCAUUCAAAUAUUUUCAUUUCUCUGAUUGUUUAAAAGGUUACAAAUAAAAUGUUUUAUUGUACUUUUUAAAAUUUACUUGUACUUUUGAUUCGGCGCACAGCCUUUUAAUUUGUUAUCCUUUUGGAGGGUACCAUCCUAUUAUUGCUCCAGGUUAUCUGUCCAUUUUAUAACCUUUUGAAAUUUAAAAUAAAUUGUUUUCCAUUUUUUGA